AAUAAGUGUCUACUUCCGUAUUUAUAGUGAAACUUGUGAAAUAUGACAAUACUCACUUUAUUAUCACUUAAAAAAGAGGCUGACCAGCAAAGAAUUGAUUUAAGUCACGAUCUGCAACAGUGAAAGUAUAUUUUGCACACGAGAUUAGCUCUCUACUAGACAAAUACAAUUGACCUUAUCGCGAUGACGUCACAAAAAGGGCAGUCCCUUAGCGACGGUGAAAACAAUGCCCUAGAUACGGACGAUUUACUACGCUGAUUGAGCACCUCUGCUGAUAUUUUGUCAAUUGCAUUCCUAUUGGGAAGUCGAUAGGACUCAUUCUGUGAGACAUCAUCAGACACAACCAGAGGCCGCCAACCUCAAACUACCAAGGGCAGAACUACAGCUCUACACCUUGGGUACCUCACAAAGUCAACGGGGGAAACUUUCAACUACAACAACAACAACAUGGCACAACCUGCAUUUAAUUUUACCCAUGACAUGUUUCCAAGAGUAAAGGUACUAUAUGCCUACCAAUAUGAGGAUGACCAUAAAGAACAGAUCCACAUGGAAGAGGGUGAAAUAUUUUAUUUGCUGAAUCAAGAAUCAAACGAACCUAAUAACUGAUUCAUAUGACCUGAAAUGAGCGAUACUCUUAAAUAUGAGAUACAAAUGUAAUUGACACCACUGAAUAGCAAGGAAUUACACAUUAUUUUUGUAAUUGUUAACAUGGCAGGGCCUGCAUUAAAUUUUACCCUUGACAAGUUUCCAAGAGUAAAGGUACUGUAUGCCUACCAAUAUGAGGAUGACCAUAAAGAACAGAUCCACAUGGAAGAGGGUGAAAUAUUUUAUUUGCUGAAUUCCGAUUCAAAAGAAUGGUUAUGUGUUUGUCGGCCAAAUUCACCAGAAAGCGAGUUUUAUGUGCCCUCUGCCUAUGUGGAGGUAUUAGCAAGUGUGAGAGAUGGCUACUUGCCACAGUCCAAAGUAGACCAAAGCAACAACAAUGGUGUUAUUGAAAAACGUUUAAAUGAGGAAAUCAGUAUAAGUGGUCAGGUUGAGUCAGGUUCUACAAGUUCAAAACAAAACAUGGAUGAUGAUAUUGACUAUAUGAAUGUUGAAAUCCAUGCACUCAUGGCAGGGCCUGCAUUAAAUUUUACCCUUGACAAGUUUCCAAGAGUAAAGGUACUGUAUGCCUACCAAUAUGAGGAUGACCAUAAAGAACAGAUCCACAUGGAAGAGGGUGAAAUAUUUUAUUUGCUGAAUUCCGAUUCAAAAGAAUGGUUAUGUGUUUGUCGGCCAAAUUCACCAGAAAGCGAGUUUUAUGUGCCCUCUGCCUAUGUGGAGGUAUUAGCAAGUGUGAGAGAUGGCUACUUGCCACAGUCCAAAGUAGACCAAAGCAACAACAAUGGUGUUAUUGAAAAACGUUUAAAUGAGGAAAUCAGUAUAAGUGGUCAGGUUGAGUCAGGUUCUACAAGUUCAAAACAAAACAUGGAUGAUGAUAUUGACUAUAUGAAUGUUGAAAUCCAUGCACUCAAAAAUAAUGUGGGAGUAAGUUCAUUUAAGGGUCAAUCUUCGGAAACAAAUGCUAAUCGUCCACCAAGUUUGGAUCUGCUGGAUGCUGUUGAUGAUUUUUUUAACCUGGCAGAUUACCGUGAAAAGGCUGGUUUAACAAGCGAUGGCUCAACUAUUCCUUCAAAUGACUCCAACCAGUCGAAAUGGCCAAAACUGUUCUUUCAUAGGAAGGAAAACGUCGAAGGAAUGCUCAACAAGUGCAAGAUAGCCAUAGGGAAGAAACCAUCCAAAAAAUGGGCGUCCCAAUAUGCAAAACUGGAUGGCUCAAACCUAGUGUUCUAUAAGAACAAGAAGGCAUCAAUUCCAACGAAACAAGACGUACACGGGAAAGUAGAGCAGAUGGUCUGUCUCGUGAAUUGUUCCGUGUCCAAAGACUCGUUCGACAAAACUAGCAAGAAAAACACCAUAGUGCUCUCAAAUCCGGACGGACAUUUGUUACUGCAGGCCGACAGUAAGACCUCGAUGCAGGAAUGGUUUAUCAAGAUACACACCCGAAUAGGAGAACUGGGAGGUACACCAGACAGCCCGGAUACACCCAUCUCAGCCGGUUCCUACGGUGCGCUGAAACGCAGCACGCAUGCACAGCUUUGGUUUUCCGAAUUAACGAAAACCCCUGAGGAUAUUCAACAAUUGGAUCAGAAAGCAAUUACACUCUUUUACAAAGCUCUUAAAGAUGGAAAAGAAAAGGUCAAUAAUAUUCGCCUGAUGGUCGUAGGCAUGCAUGGUAUGGGAAAAACAUCUUUGGUGAACAAUUUGAUUUGGGAAUUUCGUAACAAAACACACACACAACAACCUCUCAGCACAGAAGGUAUCGAUAUACAUAGGUGUAAGUUGAUGACAGACGGUGAUUGGUGUUUAGAUGAAGAAUUAAAACGGGUCAAAUAUGAAGAGCGCAUUCAAAAACUUGUUUGUAACAACCAUAUGUCGAAGGACACGAAUUCAGCAACUGCGUUUAAUGAUGAAACUGCUAACAGUAAUGAAAGGAUCACAUCUACAGAGGAUCGUGAAACUCAAACACAAACUGAGCCAUUACAAACUUUCAAAGAAAGCUUAGCCUUGCAAACAGAUGAAAUUUUGCAACAUGGAAUUAAGUUUGCCAAGAAGAUGCUUGAAACUACUAGCGAUAAUUCAGAAAAGGGCAAGGCUUUGCUUGAUGAAUCUAAAAGUGAGAUCACUGUUUCAGUUUGGGAUUUUGCCGGUCAGACACUGUACUAUUCAACUCAUCAGUUCUUUUUGAAUAAGAGGUCGAUAUACGUAGUGGUGAUGGACAUGACAAAAUGUUUGGAAGAUGUUGUAAGUAAAUCGGAUGGAAUUGGAAUUUGGUGUGGUUUGGUGGAUGAUUGCACCUAUUUGGAUAUAUUUAAAUUUUGGCUAAAUGCAAUUCACAUGAACAGUGAUUAUCAAUCUGGUAAAAGGACAAUAAAGCCAACUGUUAUUUUAGUUGGCACGCGGAAAGACAAAAUGAAGGGGAGUGCUGAAGAAAUAGAGAAGAAAAUGAAUAUGUAUUUUGACGAUGCUUUAUGUAGCUUUGAUAAUAACUCGCCAAUCUUUGAACAUAUUUAUAGGAGCAGAUUUCUUGUAAAUAAUCUGUCUCCAAAUGAUUCUUCUUUUGGAGAGUUGCAAAAAGAAAUUAUCAGCUUGGCUGCGCAGCAAGAUUACUGGGACGAAGAAUAUCCAGUUCGAUGGAUUCACAUGGAACAAACAUUGGACAAAAUGAGAGCUGAAAAGCUGCUGAUAGUUAAAAUGAAAGAUGUUGAAGAACAAGAUCUUAAAAACGUACACACAUUGGGUAAAGAAGAACUAAUCAUGUUUCUGGAAUUGCAGCACAAACAAGGCAAUAUCAUUUUUUUCAACUCAGGCAAACUUAAGGAUUUUGUUGUUCUUGCUCCUCAAUGGAUCAUUGAAGCUUUCAAAUGUUUCAUACCUCAUAAUCAGAAAAUAGAAGCCACUGUUUUGAAAGAUUGGGAAGAAUAUAAAAAACAUGCCAUUCUCAAACCCAAUGUUCUCCGCGAAGUUAUGAAAAACAGUCCUCCCUACAUACAUCAAUACGAGGAUGCUGUUAUAACAUACAUGGAAUAUCUAAAUGUUAUAGCACAGCCUUUGCCAAAUGCGGAUGCUUUAGAUGCUGGAAUCCCACAUACAUAUGAAAGGGUACGGGAAGAAACUAGUGGCUUAUAUGAUUACAAUCCUAAAAUGUUGAAUUGCCACAUCGUUCCUUGUCUCCUAAGCAGGGCACCGCGACCAAUAGACAGCUUUACUUCACCUGAUAAACCACGAACACCAGUUCUAGCUUUUGUGUUUUGCGGAAAGUUUAUGCCCCCCUCUUUCUUCCACAGGCUUGUAGCUGUUUGCAUUCGUGCUUGGCCUAUCAGCCAGGAGCGUGACCAAUAUUGUUUAUUUAACGGCUUGGCUGUAUUUGAUCUCAAUUCGAUUUAUACGUUGAGAAUAUGGUAUAUAGAUUACAUAAUUUAUGCCAGGAUAGUUUGUUGCUCAGAAAAUGCUAAGCUAGACAAUUUUGUCUGGCGGAUUAAAGAAGUUCGGCGCACACUUAAGAAAAGUUUAAAAGACUUUGUUCAUCAAUCUUCGCCAGUAUUUGAUGAGUACAUUCAGUGCCCAGACAUGAAGGUGUCCUUACAUAAUAAAGGAUUGUUCAGAGUGAAACAGUUUCAUUAUGAUACUGAGAUAUCUUGUCCAGUAUGUAGUAUUCCACAUACUGUGAAACGAUCAGACGCUAGAAAACAUUGGUUCAACAAGAUGUUGGAUCAAAAUGAUACGGAUGUGGAAGUAAACUAGUGGCAUAGAUGAUUGCAAUCCUAAAAUGUAAGAUUGCCACAUUGUUCCUCGUCUACUGAGAAUGGCACCACAACAAAUCGACAGCUUGAAGGUACGCAAAUAUCGCCCACCAGACCAUUUAUGCAAUUGAAAAAUUAUUGAAAUUGCAGAGUAAUUUGUUUAAUGUACUCCUAUUUCUUCAUUCAAAAUCAUAUGAUUGCAAUUAACCUGCACAUUCCAAUUUUGCUAAAAAAAAUGUGUUUGUAAUUGCAAAUACACUAUCUGUGAAUUAUGUUAUUGUAUAUUUUUGCAUUGAGUGAAAAUUAAUGCCAAGCUUGUUACCAGGCCCAAAUAAACACUGUCAAGACAAAAACAGAAUACACUAUCAUUUUAUGUUCUGAAAUAAAUAAUUUGUAAUUUGUCUGUUAAAAUUUUAUGUUGGGUCCCUUGCUAAAAUGUCAACAGAGAAGUAUCCACUUUGUUUAAGGACAAAUGAUAAUAAUUCCAAAGCCAUAUAUUGUUAUAUAUGUUUUAUAUACUUGUAAUAUUCUACACAAUAUUCUACACAAAUUGUAUUUCUGAUAUUGAACGAGAGCACCCUAAAUAUUUGCACGUGUUUGUUUCAUUAAAAUAAAAAAAUAUAUCAUUAUGGGAAUGUUUCAUUCACAUUAUAUGAUAACCAUAUUUGUAUUGUUUCAAAUGUUUUGUUUGUACAUAAGGUAAAUAUGUUUACAAUGUACAUGAAUUUACAACAUUUCUGUUUUGUAUCUGUGAAUAUUAGAUUUUACAUAGAUACUCCUCUUAGGUUGCAAUGUUAUAAUCGCAUAUCAGGAUGUUCAAACUAAAUUUUGGUUCAGUAUGCGGAAGAUAAACAAAAAGAGAACAUGGCGUAUUGUUGUACUCGCUAAAAAUACAAAAGAUAGCAGGUUAUUUUGAACAUUGAAAAUAUUGAAAAUAUUCUGCAUUUAUUUGUUUGUUGUAAAUUCUUUGUACUUAUUUUCCAACAUAUUGUAUUCAUAAAUAAAUACUGUUUGUGUUAUUAUUAUUAUUAUUUAAGAUAACUAUAUUUAAUAAUUAUCAUUUUUAUAUUUUAUGUUAAAUAUUUUUGUUUUAAUAACUAUAAUGAUUGCCCAUAUUUGCUUUUUAGUCAAAUAUUAUAAUCAGACAGGGUGUUAGUGUUCCGCCAUAAUAUUAUAUAUGAAUGAAAAUUUGGCAGAUGAUUAUUGUGAAGUACUUUUAAGGUCCAAACUAAGGAUGCAAAAGGUUACAGAAAAAAUAUUAACCAUUAAACCUGUUGCUGUAACCAGUAAUUAACCGGUUAACCUUUACUAGUAAAAUAUUUAAGUAUACGUUAAACAUGUCAUACGGCAGGUACAUGUAUGAAAAUAAUUUGAGAUAGCUUGCGUUGUUAACAUAUCAGUUUCUUAAAAAAUGUAUUUUAACAUUAUUUUUAAUAAUUUUGCAGAUGUAUGCUUUAUUUUAUACGUAUUUUUUAUGCAUGUUAGCAUUUUUACGUGUCAUUAAUUAUAUCCCAAUUACCAUUGGUAAUGAGGGCUAUAUAGGAGUCACUUUGUCGGUCGGUCUGUCUGUCGGUCGGUCGGUCUGUCUGGCCCAAAAAUUGCAUCUGAUCUUCACCAAGCUUGGUCAGACGUUGUAUCUAGAUGAUGUCUAGGUCAAAUUUGAAAAUGGGUCAUGCCGGGUCAAAAACUAGGUAACAGAGUCACUAAGUGCGUUUUAAACCGAAAGUUUGUCCGGACCAUUACUAUGUCAUUUAUCGUUGGAUUUUAAAAUGACUUGGUACAUUUGUUCACCAUCAUGGGACGGUGUGUCAUGCGAAAGUAGUACGUGGAUAUCUCCAAGGUCAAGGUCACACUUGGAGUUGAAAGGUCAAAAUACCAUUAAAUGAGCUUUUCCGGGACAUAACUAAAGUAAAAAAAAAGUAAAGUAAAACCUUGUACACUUUAAAAGUCACAUGUUUGGUCUAGUCAUAAUUGUAAUUGACCGAUUUGCUUGAUAUUUCACAUGUGCAUUGGCCUUAGACGGUAGGUGACCCCUAUUGAAAAUGGGCUAACUGAGUAAAAGGUCAGGGUCACUAUCACACUAAGUGUAAACAUCGUUUCCGAGCAAUAACUUGUCAACCAAUUGACCGAUUGGCUUGACACUUCAUCUGUGUAUUGGCGUUGGACAGCAGAUUACCCCUAUUGAAAUUGGGGUCUCUAGGUCAUAUGUCACCGUUACACAUUAAGAGUACAAUUGUUUCCAAUCAUAACUCGUCAAUUGAUUCACCGAUUGGCUUGAUACUUCCCAUGUGCAUUGGUCUUGGACAGUAGAUGAGCCCUAUUGAAAUUGGGGGCACUAGGUAAAAGGUCAUGGUCACUGUUACACACUAAGUGUGAAAUCGUUUCCCAUCAAUAACUCGUCAACUAAUUCACCGAUUGGCUUGAUACUUCCCAUGUGCAUUUGGAUUUGGACAGUAGAUGAACCCUAUUGAAAUUGAAGUCACUAGGUCAAGGAUCAAGGUCACUUUUACACACUGUUUGAAACCGUUUCCGAUCAAUAACGCGUCAACUGAUUCACUGAUUGGCUUGAUACUUCUUAUGUGCAUUGGCCUUGGACAGUAGAUAACCCCUAUUGAAAUUGGGGUCACUGGGUCAAAGGUUAUGGUAAAUAUCACAAUAAGUGUGAACAUUGUUUCCAAUCAAUAACUCAUUUACGAAUUGGCCGAUUGGAUUGAUAUUUCACAUGCACAUUGGCCUUGGACAGAAGAUGACCCAUAUUGAAAUUGGGAUCAUUAGUUCAAAACCCUGUUUGGGGUGCAUAUGUCUAUGACCGCGGAACACUUGUUAAUAUUUUAAUCAUUAUUUAUAUCUGUUCCUUAGUGUUACGUGAAUACUAACAGCAAAUGCAAAAACUGUACAAGCAAAAAGGCAGUAUAAACCACUUGAUUUAAAUUAAUGAUAAUAUCGUGGUUUAUUUUAAUGUGCAUUAAAUGUGACGCAUAAAUGUUAUUUCAACAUGCAUUUGCACGUGAAAUAUCGAUCCGAAAAUUGGAAUUCACAUUAGAAAUAGGUUAAUUAUUAUCAAGAGGGCCAUACUAUGUGAUUAAAAUAGUAAACAUUACUGAACACAAAAAAGAAUAGUUAAAAGGUAGCAGUUUUUACAUAAAAUCACCAUUUUUGUGUGUGAUAUUAUUCUUUCAAUAAGUUUCACGAAAUAUUGCGUUUUUAUAUAAUAAAUUUAACAAGCAUUGUGCAUUUCAAAGACAAAAAUGCUUUAUCAGUUGAAAAUGAAAUAAAUAUACCAGAACACCGACAGUGAGGGGAGGGCCAAAUGAUUCAUCAUUCGUUAGUAUGCCUCUCUUUGAAGAAGAAGGGGUAUAAUGUUUUGCUGGAUGUAGGUCGGUCUGUUUGUUGGUAGACCAGUCUGAAUGUCGGUAGAUCAGUUCGUUUCCGAUCCAUAACUCGUCGACGAAUUGAUACUUCACAUGUGCAUUGGCCUUGGACUGUAGAGACCCCUAUAGAAAUUGGGGUCACUAGGUCAAACGUCAAGGUCAAUAUCACACUAAGUAUGAAAAUCGUUUCCGAUCAAUAACUCGUCAGUGAAUUGACGGAUUGGUUUGAUACUUCACAAGUGCAUUUGUCUUGGACAGUAGAUGGCCAUUCUUAAUAUUGGAAUUACUAGGUCAAAGGUAAAGAUCACUAUCACACUAAGUGCGAAAAUCGUAUCCGAUCAAUAACUCUUCCGCCAAUUUACCGAUUGGCUUGACACUUCACAUCUGCAUUACCUUGGAAAUUAGAUGACCUUUAUUGAAAUUGGGUUUACAAGGUCAAAGGUCAAGGGCACUAUUACACUUAGUGUGGAAAUCGUUUCCGAUAAUUUACUCGUCAACAAAUUGAAAGAUUGACUUGAUACUUCACAUGUGCAUUGGCCUUGGACAGUAUAUAAUCCCUAUUAAAAUUGAGAUCACUAGGUAAAAGCUCAAGGUCACGUUCACUCUCAGUGAGAAAAUCGUUUUUGAUCAAUAACUCGUCAACCAAUUGACCGAUUGGCUUGAUACUUCACAUGUGCUUUUGCCUUGGGAGUAGAUGAACCCUAUUGAAAUUGGGGUCACUAGGUCAAAGGUUAAUUUCACUGUCGCACUAAGUGUGAAAAUCGUUUCCGAUCAAUUACUCGUCAACCAAUUUACGGAUUGGCUUGAUUCUUCACAUGUGCUUUUGCCUUGGAAGUAGAUAAACCCUUUUGAAAUUGGGGUCACUAGGUCAAAUGUAAAGGUCAAUAUCACAAUAAGUGUGAAAAUCGUUUCCGAUCAAUAACUCGUCAACCAAUUGACCGAUUGGCUUGAUGAUUCACAUCUGCAUUGGCCUUGGAUAGUAGAUAACCCCUUUUGAAAAUGGGUUCACUAGGUCAAAGGUCAAGGUCACAAUCACACUAGGUGUGAAAAUCGUUUCCGAUUUCCGAAUAAUAACUUGUCAACCAAUUGACCGAUUGGCUUGAUACUUCACAUGUGUAUUGGCCUUAAAAGGGGCAUAUCAACUGUAAUUAUUGACAUUUGACAAAUGUAUUUCUGUAUGCGAAUGCAAACGUAGAUUUAAAUUUUACUGAAAACACUAAUAAUUCAUAAGGUGUAUCGAGGUCAGUUAAAGUAGGCUAAUACAGUAUCCAGCUAAAUCAGAGAUGAAUAUAAUGCACUUAAAGGUUAUAUCAACGGUAUGUAUUAUUUCUUAACAUGACUCGACCAAUUCAUGGAAUUCGAUUGCCGACAUUUUUGUAUAAGCAUAUUUAUUAGCAAUAACAUAUUAUUGGAAUGAGUAAGAAAAUGUAACCGGUAUACGCAAAACAAGUGUAUACGCACAGUCAAUGAAAGAAAAAUACAAACAUCAUCCAACAAAAGUAACUUAUUUUCAUUAAAAUUUAGACAUACCGGUGCUUUAAAAACGUGUGCAUGAGAAAAGAUAUACAACAGAAGACAAAGCCGACAUACAUGUUUAACAUUUAUUCAUUACACAUGUGAACUUCGUUAUAUAUGAUUAGUUUUUUAAAAGAAUAAUAUCUAUUAUUUUGUGAUACGCCUCUGUAUCUAUACAAAUAAAUAAAUUUUGAAAUUUAAAAUAUAUAUUGACUCACAUUUGGUAAGGCAAAUAACACAUUUUAGGACGAUUUGAUCAGUUUUUAUUAUUUGUUUGUUACUCAUAGGAUAUUAAAAUCGUUGGUUAUUUGCUAAAGCUAAAUUUUACCGCUCUAAAAAUAUAACAAAAAUCGAGGAUCGUCAGUGUUGUUUAUGUGUCAUUGGGAUUUAACUAAUAAGACUAUUUCAGUUUGUGUUUUUAUGCUUUGGAAAUAAUUUUUGCUUAUUAAUCCCCUAACGGUGAAACCGGAGAGGGACUUCUGGUUUGCGCUCUGUAAGUCUGUCACACUUUUCUGGAUCCUGUGACAACUUUAAAAGUUCUCCAUAUUUUUUAAUGAAACUCGAAACAUGGGCUGAUGGCAAUAUGGUGAUUAUGCACGUCAUUACAUUUUGUUCCUGCGUCAAGAAUUCUGGUAGCUAUGGCAACAAAUAUAGUAGAAAUAUUGCUGAAAAUGGUGGAUCCUGUGAUAACUUUAAAAGUCCUUUAUAUCUUUUUAUUAAACUUGAUACAUGAAUAGAUGGCAAUAUGGAGAAUAUGCACGUUAUUUCAUUUUGUUCCUACGUCAAGAAUUCUGGUUGCUAUGGCAACAAAUAAACUACAAAUAUUGCUGAGCAUGGUGGAUCCUGCGUAGAUAGGGGGCUUUUAUUGCUAGGCAAUAAUCUUGUUUAGUAUAGUCGUUUCCGAUAAGAGGGUAUAAUGCUCCAACUGUCUCGAUAAAUCUAUAAGAGGACACAUGUCUUCGUCCUUAUAUAUGAUGUGCAUAUUGUAAGUAAACAUCACAAACAAAAUAACUCGCAGGUUCGCAUGUUAUUUCAGGUCAAUAUCGUUAUUUAACAUAACAUAAGAACUUUCGGUCUAAAAACGACUAUUCGGAUACAGUGCUUUUUUAAGUGAUGAUAAUGAUUCCGUUUCUUUGUAAAAGUAUUAAUUUCUUUUUUUGAAGGAAAGUCAAUUAGUAAAGCUCCUAAGCAGCAUGUUGCUGACUCUUGACACUUCUUUCAUAAGAAGAAAGUGUUCAAUAGGUCUUAAUUGAAUAAUUGUCAUAAAUCUAAAUCCCCCAAACAGUGGAGUGAAAUAUACCGUUAAACGAUAAACUCUUGUAUAAUCCGUAAAUUAUAAAGAAUUGUUAAACACUUUGAAUGUGACUUUCUUGUCAAAUACAUUACAUUAUAAAGAUUGUUGUAGUGGUUUUUUGCUAGUGUCUUUGUGUUGUUAAAACGAUUGCAAUAAUUGUUCAAGUAUUUACACAGCUAAUAAAGAAUAAAGAAAACUU